AUGAAAUCGCUCGUGUUCCACGGCAAUGGCUGCACCGUUUUCAAUACCAAAGGCGACGUGGUUUAUCGGGUCGACAAUUAUCAAAAACGAUGCGGCAGUCGAGUUUUUCUCAUGGAUGCCAAUGGCAAAGUCUUGUACUCGAUAAAUAAAAAGAAAAUGCAUAUUUCGGGAUGCUGGGAAGGUUAUAAGUGGAACGGUAACUCGAAGGACAACGAUGGGAGGCCGUGGUUUCAAGUGCGAAGAAACUCAGCAAUUUUGAGCAAAGACAUGUCUUAUAAAGUCGCAUUUAAGUGCAGAGAGGAAAAUGAUGAAUACAAAAUCAUUGGGUCAAUACAAGGAAAAUCAGCACUUAAAAUUGUAGACUCCUCAUGCCACCUUCUUGCAGAGGCUGUACAAAAGCAGUCAUUAAUGGGAGUUAGUUUGGGAGAAGAUGUGCUGAGGCUGACGGUGGAGCCACAGGCAGACCAAUCACUUGUCAUGGCUCUUGUUACAGUCUAUAGCAUGAUCAACAAUAAGCUGUGA